CGGAGCCAGCCAGACAGUUCAUUUUGCAGCCCAAACACCACGGAAAGAACAACAAAUACAGACUUUUCUCGUAUAAAAGUGACCAGUACACGUGAAAUCACCAUGGAUGUACAGCCUGGGCAUUGCUGGUGUUGUGAGAACAUUCUCCCAGAGCACACCGUGCCUUGCGACCGAUGCCCGAUGGCCGUGUACUGCUGCACACAGUGUCGAGACAGGGACAACUUCAGACAUAGCGCUGUGGAGUGUGAAAUGUUUGGGGAGAAAAAGUGCAGUGCUUGCGGCACACUUGGGAAAACACGGAUGUGUUCAGCAUGCAACAGUGCAUGGUACUGCAAUGCAGACUGCCAACGGCGUGACUUUCCAACACACUGGAAAAGAUGUCAGGACAUUCUGGCAUCCAUAAAGAAAAUCUCUUCGAAUCUUAGCAGAUUGCAAGUAAGCUAUGGCGAUUUUCCCGAAUACUUUGGGAACACCAUGGCGGUAGAUUUCCUUCAACUUGAAAACAAUGAAUGGUCCGGAAAGAGUGUUGAAGAAAAACAGCUUGAAAGGGACUAUCAUGUUUUAUCUGCUGGUUGCGGAGACCUGCGCAACACAGUGAUGACGGUUGCUUCACUGCCUACCGAGUACCAGGGAAAACUUCACGUGACUCUGAAUGAUUUGGAUCCAUUUGUGAUUGCAAGGAACGUGCUGUUUCUCUUCAUGUUGGUCCGCUUUGCAGAAACUGAAGACAUCGCUUCCAGUAUGACCACCAUCUGGUACUCACUACAUAUUUCCCGGAGAGAGUACGACUUGAUACAGACAAGCUUGGAUGAACUCAUUCAGAUGAGUGCUCGGCAACUCCAUGAUGUCACCAAAGGACUGGUGAGUGUCCUGGAUAAAGAACUUGGGUAUUUACGCCAGGUUUGGAAAGGAUGGCAAUCACUGGAAUGUCGAAGAGACAAUCGAGACGCUAUCAAUCUCGCACAACAAAGACAGAACAUGUUUGAAAACAGCGACCAAGCUAUAAAAGAUAGCCGCUCCAAAUAUUUAGAGUGUCUAAAUGCAAAUGAUAGAAAACAGAUGGAGAAGUGGUUUGAACAUGGUCUGUUCUUACCCUGUGAUGCAAACCAAAGAGACAUACCAUUCAACAACCCUACACUUACUGCCAUAAAGGCUAGCAAGCUCACAGCAAAAUUUGGCACUCCACAACUAGGCCUACAAGCUUCUGUAUUUUUACACGAUGGUGACUUUGUGUACAGGUACCUCAUAAGUCCAAAAAGGAUGCCCUUCGCUGUAUGGGACUGCUUGAGAGUUAAAGAGCACACCUCUGGAUCCCACUCCUCUUGGAUGGUGAUGUACCACAAGUACGUGACAAACCUCCUUCAGAAAUUCAAGAGUUUCAUCCAUGAGGAACGGCUCUUCAUUCGUGUUUCCUUGACCAGCUGCAUGAUCUUUCCUGGACGUCACCAAUCCCUGCAAAUGACCGAUUAUGACCGCAUCUUCACCUCCAACCUUGCUGACUAUGUUGGCUUUCCUAAACUCCUGCAGAACUUCAAGCCACUGCUCAACUCCAGCAACAGCUACUCUGUCGUUGUCACUGAGAUUAUGUUUUUCUAUCUCAAUGUUCCCGAAGCUUUCCCGGGAAAAUCACUUCCAGAACCCCAACUUCAGAAAUUAAUUUGGGGUUACAUCAAUGACUUCCCGGCUGCAACACCAGUACAAAUACAAAACAGCCUCUUUGAUUAUCACAACACUACCUCUCACUUUCUCCGGUAUCUCCGUGCAGAAAUCAUGGCAGGAGGGUUUGGCAUACCGGCACUCCAGGAUGUACCAUCGUUUGACAGUGUGAAGAAGUGUCAGGGCAUGCGAAUGCGUGACUUCCAGAAGGAACUGAACAAGUUUGUUCCGUUUCAGCAUCGAUUGAAUGUAAGGGGCAUCAUGUCACCACCUGACGGUUGCAGAGCUGUAGAGUGGCUGCUUCCGAAAGAGUAAAGGUUAUAGGCUGUAUACCCGAACCUCUUUUCUAGAGCAAAAAUGACAACCUGUCAAACUUUCAAAAGCAAAGCAAAGGACUGGUCCUCAGUCCAGAUGUUAUCGAUACUGAUUGCGGGGCUUGAAUCGGCAGACGGCCUACCCUGCGAGAACGGAAUUAAUGUCUGGCUGCCAAGAAUUCGGAAUCGUAAAGUAAGAAUUCGGUAGCUACACAUGGGCCGAUGUUUUUCAAUCAAUGUCUGAUUCAAAAGUGAAUAACUUGUGUAUCUCUAGAAAAGUAGCAACUUAGCACAUCUAUAUUUUCGGGAUGAAACUCGAAAAUAGCACAGGGAAACCAACUUGCAAAUUACCAGUCAGUACGUGGCCGGGGAGUGUGAACACUGCUACUCCUGUGUCAUGUAGAAAUAUGGAUCAUGGAAUUCUGUUUGUGCGUUUUUGGAAUAUAAUUAUGCCUUAUUGGCUUUAUGCU